UGACCCGAUUUUAAAUGUCAUAAAUCUGAUACUCCGGGAAUGAACUCAUCGGAAAAUCUAUUUUCCUUGUCAGGUUCUGCAAAUGACUUCCAUGGCAGCAAAUCUAUCAGCCCUUCUUACAGGCUCUCUGUGCCUGUAUCUGGUCAUAGCUCUGAUCAAAAUCCUACACAAGUAUUGGUGGACACCACUUCGGAUACAGUAUGCAAUGAAUUUGCAAGGAAUCAAAGGACCUCCUUACAAAUUCAUCCAUGGAAACAACAAAGAGACCGUAAAAAUGAAACAGGAAGCAUUAAGCAAGCCUAUGGCUAGUUUAUCACAUGAUAUAUUUCCCAGAGUCAAUCCUCCUGUUUAUUCACGGAUCAACUCAUAUGGGAAAAACUACCUUUCUUGGGGAGGUACUACAGCUCAACUGUUUAUCACAGAGCCUGAGCUUGUCAAAGAGGUGUUGAAAAGUAGUGAAAGAGCUUUUCCAAAAAGGACAAGUAGAGAAAGGAAGAGGAAUGAAGACGAAUUCGCUCUUAUGAUACUAGGGGAUGGGCUUGUGACAUCCGAAGGUGAGAAAUGGGCGAGGCAAAGGAAGUUGGCCAAUUAUGCUUUUCAUGGGGACAGCUUAAAAAGCAUGACACCAGCAGUGAUUGCUAGUGUUGAGACCAUGCUGGAAAGGUGGAAACAAUUUGAAGGCAAAGAAAUUGAUGUGUUUGAAGACUUCAGGUUGUUGACUUCAGAAGUCAUAUCAAGAACAGCUUUUGGUAGCAGUUACUUAGAUGGGAAAAAGAUUUUUGACAUGCUGUUAAAGUUGUCUGUCUUGACAAACAGAAACCUGUUUAAAGCUAAGUUUCCUGUCAUUAGUAACUUCUGUAAAACUGCUGAUGAAAUUGAAUCAGAAAAACUUGUAAAAGGAAUACACAAUUCUGUGAUGGAGAUAGUUAAGAAAAGAGAAGAGGAAGUAUUAAAUGGAGAAGCCAACAGCUUUGGCACUGAUUUUCUUGGAUUACUUUUAAGUGCUUACCAUGAUGCUGACAAGAAGAACAGGCUAUCAGGACAAGAUUUGGUAGAUGAAUGCAAGACAUUUUACUUUACUGGACAGGAAACUACUAAUUCUGCACUUGCAUGGGCAGUCUUGCUUUUAGCAAUCAAUCCAGAUUGGCAGGAGAAAGCAAGAAGAGAGGUGAUUGAGGUCUUUGGUAACCAAAAUCCACAUUCUGAAGGCAUUGGCAGACUAAAGACUAUGACUAUGAUCAUUAAUGAAACUUUAAGAUUAUAUCCUCCUAUAAAUAGCAUGGUAAGAAAAGUUGGGAAUGAAGUUCAAUUGGGAAAGCUCAUCCUGCCAGCUGAUUUGCAUGUGGUUGUCCCAAUCGUGGCACUUCACCAUGACCCUCAGUUAUGGGGAGAUGAUGCCAAUCUCUUCAAACCUGAGAGAUUCUCAGAAGGGAUCUCAAAUGCCACCAAGCAUAAUGCAGCUGCAUUUAUUCCCUUUGGAUUGGGACCUCGAUCUUGCGUCGGUAUGAGCUUUGCAAUGACAGAAGCAAAGACUGCACUUUCGAUGAUCCUACAGCGAUACACCAUUUCCCUUUCCCCAACCUACAGCCACUCACCAUGUACCCUUCUUUUGCUUCAGCCACAACAUGGAAUUCAGGUAAUACUUCAUUCUCUGUAGAAUGAAGCCUAGAGUUGUCAAUGGAAUAAUGCCUUGUAGAUCAGUUGUUUAUAGAGGCUGCAGCCAGUAACUCAUCCCACUCAGUCCUUGUUUCUAUCCAUGCAGUAGUAAAUGAUGGUAUUGGAACUAAAUGUUCUAGUAAUCAAGUAUGAAGAGGGUACUCCUCUGAGUACUAUUUCCUCUUCUAUUCUGAUAUUUUUGUAGAUGUUGAUUAGAGACGAGUAUGAUUGCCUUGUACCUUUUUUUCUGUAACAAAAUUCUCCAAGAAGAAAAUACUGAAUUUUUCAUUUCAA